AUGAAGCGCAUUUUAUCGCCCCUUGCUUUCAUCGUGGUCCUACCACAAUACAGGUGGAACCCUCAAAUUACCGCUCUCCGGACGGAAGACUAUCACUGUGACAUAGCACGAUGUGUUGCCACGUCAACAGGCAGGUGGGCAGCAAUGUACGUGGCUGUUCAGGUCUACACACAUGUGCGGAACCCCAACGUUCUCCGCCAAGCUGUCUCCUGUCUCCUUCUACUGGCUAUAUCAGUAAAUCAUCGUCUGUGCACGUAUCCUGGGGUCAUAGUUAGCGGAAGUGGAGUGGAGUGCUCGACUAGGUCGGGAGUGAUUUCGUGUAAAUAUCCAUCGAAUUUUCUUAGUGGGAAAAUGACUUCGAUUGAGCGACCUGUUUGGGACGAUGUCGAUGAGUCUUUAAUUGAUGAAGUCAUGCGGAUGUCUACAGAGGAGCUGGUCGUUCAUACUCGUUUACUCGACGGCGAAAUUCGCAUAAUGAAGUCUGAGUUACACCGAGUUGAUCAUGAAAUUAAAAUGAAGCAGUCAAAAGUUAAGGAUAGUAAGAGCAAAAUUAAGAUGAACAAAGCUCUUCCUUAUCUUGUUGCGACAGUUGUUGAGCUUUUGGAUGUUGAACCUGAAGACGAAGAAGAAGACGGUGCCAAUGUGGACUUAGAUUCCCAAAGAAAGGGGAAGUGCGCCGUUGUUAAAACAAGCACGCGUCAGACGUAUUUCCUCCCCGUUAUUGGUCUUGUCCCACAUGAGGAACUCAAGCCUGGCGACCUUGUAGGCGUCAAUAAGGACUCCUAUCUUAUUCUUGAAAAACUUCCAGCUGAAUUCGACUCUCGUGUUAAGGCCAUGGAAGUUGAUGAUAGGCCUACUGAGAGGUAUGGCGACAUUGGUGGACUCGAUAAACAAAUUCAAGAAUUGAUCGAAGCUGUUGUCCUCCCAAUGACCCAUAAGGAUAGGUUUGAUGCUAUUGGCAUCCAGCCUCCUAAAGGCGUCCUCCUCUACGGUCCGCCUGGAACCGGAAAAACGCUACUAGCUCGUGCUUGUGCAGCUCAGACGAAGUCAACCUUUUUAAAACUGGCUGCACCUCAACUUGUUCAGAUGUUUAUUGGUGACGGCGCCAAAUUGGUUCGAGAUGCCUUUCAGCUUGCUAAAGAAAAGGCUCCUGCCAUAAUUUUCAUUGACGAGUUAGAUGCCAUAGGCACAAAGCGUUUUGACAGUGAAAAGGCCGGCGACCGUGAAGUUCAACGCACGAUGUUGGAAUUGUUAAAUCAGCUGGAUGGUUUUCAACCAAAUCACGAGAUCAAGGUCAUUGCUGCCACAAAUCGUGUGGAUAUUCUAGACCCCGCACUCCUUCGCAGUGGUCGACUUGAUCGUAAAAUCGAGUUCCCUACUCCCAACGAAGAAGCUCGCUCUCGCAUCAUGCAGAUCCACUCAAGAAAAAUGAACGUCCACGAAGACGUGAACUUCGAAGAACUUGCUCGAUGUACAGAUGACUUCAAUGGUGCACAGUGCAAAGCUGUCUGUGUCGAGGCUGGUAUGAUUGCUCUGCGCAGAAAUGCCACUCAGGUCGUGCAUGAGGACUACAUGGAUGCCAUUCUUGAGGUGCAGUCAAAGAAAAAGACAAAUUUGAAUUAUUAUGCGUAA